AUGCCUAAAUGUGAUUAUUGCGAUGUUUAUCUCACACACGACUCUAUGAGUGUGCGAAAGGCGCAUAACAGCGGUCGAAACCAUCUGCGAAACGUAGUUGAUUACUACCAACAAAUCGGCCACGAGAAAGCCCAAUCGGUCAUCGACUCCAUCACCUCUUCCUAUGCCGCAGAAGGACAGUCCUCAUCCAACCCAAUGCUUGGCCAAAACCCAGGCGUCCACGCUCCUCCCCCACCAUUCCCCUUCCCCGGAGGCGUCCCACCACCUCCAUUCGGUAUGCCCGGUCUCCCGGGUAUGCCCCCAAUGCCAGGAAUGCCGAUGCUACCUCCAAACGGAAUGAUACCUCCCCCAGGCGGCCGUGGAAUGCCCAUGCCUCCCUUUCCAGGUGGUCUCCCGUUCCCCCCUCCCGGUGGACUACCUCCUAACUUUCAGUUUCCUCCUCCUCCUGGAGGUCUGCCCCCCAACUUCCAGUUCCCGCCGAUGCCCCAAGGCAUGAGCGGACCCCCUGGAGGACCACCCGGAGGACAUCAGGGUCCGCCUGGUGGUGAUAGACGAUAG